AUGGAUCACUUUGCAGCGGAGUGCCUUGUCUCCAUGUCCCACCGCGCAGUCGUCCACGCUCCUAAAGGGAACCGGGAGAGUAAACCCGAGCCCCCGUGCGCGCCCAGACCCGGGGAGGACCUCAAAGAACCUCUGGUGGUGAAAGAAAACUCUUCUUCUCUUUUUGUCGUGGCGAGAAUUCUGGCAGAUUUCAACCAACAGCAGACUCCCACUAACACUGUGGCUAUCGAGCAGGCUAAAAUAGUAAAGGAUGACAACACGAACCUCAGAGAUGAUGAUGAGGAGGAUGGAAACUGUGCCACACCUACCACCAUCUCAGACCCCGCGCUCAAACAAAGAGGCAAAAGGAACCGAGGGCGCAGUGAGCACGAACCUCCACAGAAAAAGCACAAAUGCCACUAUUCAGGCUGCGAAAAAGUUUAUGGCAAAUCCUCUCAUCUCAAAGCCCACCUAAGGACACACACAGGUCAGUGCACGUAA